AAAGUUAUUAAAAAACUCUAGGAUUUUUAAAACUCUCCUACGGCUAGACAAGUAAAAGAAGACCAGAGCAGACCAAACCAAACAAAAGAUGGCAAGUGUCUGAUGUUCAAUUAGAGUCAAACAAUCCAGCAAAAACCCAACAAACAAAAACGCGGAAAACACUCUGAUCAGAAGAUAAAUUACAAAGAAGAUGGGUUGCUGUGCAAGCCAAAACGCUGACUCCAAAGCCAACAUGAUUGCCCGUUGGCGGUCCACAGGCAUUGUUGCUAUGCGUGAUGCUAAACUCAAGACUUUUCCUGAUGAGGUUCUUGAUCUAGAGAGAUGCGUGCGCACCCUCGAUUUUACUCACAAUAAAUUAGUUAACAUCCCUAUAGAGAUUAGCAGAUUAGUCAACAUGCAGCGCCUGCUGUUAUCUGAUAACCUUAUAGAACGACUACCAAUGAACUUGGGGAAACUGCAAUCUUUAAAAGUUAUGAUACUAGAUGGAAAUUGCAUCUCUUCCUUGCCUGAUGAAUUGGGCCAGCUUGUGAGACUUGAGCAAUUGUCUAUCUCGGGAAAUAUGUUAAUGAGCUUGCCUGAGACAAUUGGGAGCUUGCGCAAUUUAGCACUUUUAAAUGUGUCAAAUAAUAAGUUAAAGACUCUUCCAGAAUCAAUUGGAAGUUGCUUCUCUUUAGAAGAAUUACAAGCCAAUGAUAAUUCUAUAGAAGACCUUCCAGCAUCAAUAUGCAAUCUUGUUCACUUGAAGUCACUUUCCUUGAACAACAAUAAUGUGAGCAAGAUUCCUACAAAUCUGUUGAAAGAAUGCAAAGCUCUCCAGAAAAUUUCCCUGCAUGACAAUCCAAUAUCUAUGGAUCAAUUUCAGCAGUUGGAAGGAUUUCAAGAGUUCGAAGAAAGAAGAAAGAGGAAAUUUGACAAACAAAUUGAUUCAAACGUGAUGAUCAGUUCCAAAGGGCUUGAUGAAGGCAUUGAUCUAUGAUGAUGCUUUCUCUGCAUCCUUACAAGAAAUGCACUGCAGAGGUGGACUAGUUGAGGCCAUGUCUAUUUCUUUGAGGGGAUUGCGGCCAUGGUUAACGCUAGGGAAUUGUGGAUGAAUCUCUGACAGUUUGCGAAUCGAUUUUGUACUGCCUUGGGAUAAAAAAGAAACAUAAAUCUUUUUGAAUGUUCUGAUGAUGUGAAAUAAAUAAUAAUCCCAGCUGGUUCUGGUUGUAAGGCUGAUUUUAUUAUUUGUCUGUGAUGUGCAGGCUUGUACAUGCUGCUCGCCCUGUCCAACUAUGUUUAUUAUUAUUUCAAAUUCCGAAUUGUAUUCUUAAUAGCUGGAUUAAGUAUGCUGCAUUUCACCCACGUUAUAUUCUUGCAUUCCAUUCUGUACUGCCUUUCACCUUUGAUGCGUUGCUUUCAGUGUCACAAAUCUGAAGCCCCGCCGGCUGUGUUUGCCUGCUGAAUAGACUAGAAAGCUUCUGCAGUUUAAACUUAAAAACAUUAUAGACUAAUAUAAGCCCUUCUGCACUGAAGGAAAUUUCUGCAAAUAUUUUACAAUAUUGUUCAUAGGAUGUUUUGAAAGCCUAUUCUGAACUGAUGACAAAUACAGUUGUUUAUUAUUAAUGAUGAAGGGAUGUUUCAUUCUUA